CGCCCCUGCGCUCGGCCGCGGGACCUCACACUUUCCCUGCCGGACACGCGGGCGGGACGCCGCGCGGGGCCGUGGGGGCGGAGGGGGGGGCGGUCCGGGGACCGGGGCGGGGCGGUCCGGCCCGGCCCGGGAAGCCCCCGCCCCCUCGGCGCGCCCCCCGGCCCCGCGGGCUCUUAGGAGGGGGCAGGCCGUCGUGUUUCCCCGCACCCCUCCCAGCAGCCGCCGGCUUUGGGGCCCCGGUGGGGAGCAGGGGGCUGAUUAGCGGAGGAGCAGGGGUGUGGCCAGCGGGGCCCCGGGUAGUGAGUCACACACGCUGCUCGCCCAGUCCCGGGCCGCGAGCGCGCGGUCCCAGCCUGAGCUGCGCGCCGCCCUGGCCCGAAGAGUGUUCCUGGGCUUGGCAUGAGGACCCAGGGGUGCCGAGGGAGGGGCUGAAGCCCGGCGCGGUGGUGGAGGAGGGCGGACAGAAUGACUGAGAACAUGAAGGAGUGCCUGGCGCAGACCAAGGCGGCCGUGGGGGAUAUGGUGACGGUGGUGAAGACCGAGGUCUGCUCACCCCUCCGCGACCAGGAGUAUGGCCAGCCCUGCUCCAGGAGACCAGAUCCCUCGUCCAUGGAAGUGGAGCCCAAGAAACUGAAGGGGAAGCGGGAGCUCAUCAUGCCCAAAAGCUUCCAGCAAGUGGACUUCUGGUUCUGCGAGUCCUGCCAGGAGUACUUUGUGGAUGCGUGUCCGAACCACGGUCCCCCAGUGUUUGUGUCCGACACGCCAGUGCCCGUGGGCAUCCCAGACAGGGCUGCCCUCACCAUCCCGCAGGGCAUGGAGGUGGUCAAGGAAGCGAGUGGGGAGAAUGACGUGCGGUGCAUAAAUGAGGUCAUCCCCAAGGGUCACAUCUUCGGCCCCUACGAGGGGCAGAUCUCCACCCAGGACAAAUCGGCUGGCUUCUUCUCCUGGCUGAUUGUGGACAAGAAUAACCGCUACAAGUCCAUAGAUGGGUCAGACGAGACUAAAGCCAACUGGAUGAGGUACGUGGUCAUCUCCCGGGAAGAGAGGGAGCAGAACCUGCUGGCCUUCCAGCACAGCGAGCGCAUCUACUUCCGCGCGCGCCGGGACAUCCGGCCGGGGGAGCGGCUCCGGGUCUGGUACAGCGAGGACUACAUGAAGCGUCUACACAGCAUGUCCCAGGAGACUAUCCACCGCAAUCUGGCCCGAGGAGAGAAGAGGUUGCAGAGGGAGAAGUCUGAGCAGGCUCUGGAUAACCUAGAAGACCUGAGGGGGCCCCUUCAGCUCCCCGUGUUGAGACAGGGCAAAAGUCCCUACAAGCGUGGCUUUGACGAGGGGGACGCGCACCCCCAGGCCAAGAAGAAGAAGAUUGACCUCAUUUUCAAGGACGUGCUGGAGGCGUCCCUGGAGUCUGCCAAGGCGGAAGCGCACCAGCUGGCGCUGAGCACCUCCCUGGUCAUCCGGAAAGUCCCCAAGUACCAGGACGAUGCCUACGGUCGCUGCGCCAUGACCGUGUCCCAUGGCGUGCCGAAUGUCAGCCGGACACAGGCGGAAGGAGACCGCAAGAUCCCCCAGGGGGCCUCCAAGGAGCCGGCCGCGUUGGAGGACGAAGAGGAAGAGCCAUCGUCCUUCAAGGCUGACAGCCCCGCCGAGGCCUCCCUUGCAUCCGACCCUCACGAGCUCCCCACCACCUCCUUUUGCCCUAACUGUAUUCGCCUCAAGAAGAAGGUCCGGGAGCUCCAGGCCGAACUAGAUAUGCUUAAGUCCGGGAAGCUUCCUGAACCCCCUGUUCAGGCCCUGGAGCUCCCAGAGCUCUCGGACCCCGCAGCCUCCGAGAGCCUGGUGUCCGGCCCCGCCGUCAUGGAGGACGAUGACCAGGAGGUGGACUCCGCCGACGAGUCCGUCUCCAACGACAUGCUGGCCGCCGCCGACGAGCCCUCCAAGAUGUCCUCGGCCGCCGGGCGCCGCAUCCGGCGCUUUAAGCAGGAGUGGCUCAAGAAGUUCUGGUUCCUGCGCUACUCCCCGACCCUCAACGAGAUGUGGUGCCACGUGUGCCGCCAGUACACGGUGCAGUCGUCGCGCACGUCGGCCUUCAUCAUCGGCUCCAAGCAGUUCAAGAUCCACACCAUCAAGCUGCACAGCCAGAGCAACCUGCACAAGAAGUGUCUGCAGCUGUACAAGCUGCGCAUGCACCCCGAGAAGACGGAGGAGAUGUGCCGCAACAUGACGCUGCUUUUCAACACCGCCUACCACCUGGCCUUCGAGGGCCGGCCCUAUCUGGACUUCCGGCCCCUGGCCGAGCUCCUGCGGAAGUGCGAGCUCAAGGUGGUGGACCAGUACAUGAACGAAGGCGACUGCCAGGUCCUCAUCCACCACAUCGCCCGCGCGCUGCGGGAGGACCUGGUGGAGCGCCUCCGCCAGUCGCCCUGCCUCAGCGUCAUCCUGGACGGCCAGAGCGACGACCUGCUGGCCGACACGGUGGCCGUCUACGUCCAGUACGCCAGCGGCGACGGGCCCCCGGCCACCGAGUUCCUGUCCCUGCAGGAGCUGGGCUUCUCGGGCACGGAGAGCUACCUGCAGGCCCUCGACCGGGCCUUUUCCGCGCUGGGCAUCCGGCUGCAGGACGAGAAGCCGACCGUCGGCCUGGGCAUAGACGGGGCCAACGUCACGGCCAGCCUGCGUGCCAGCAUGUUCAUGACGAUCCGCAAGACGCUGCCCUGGUUGCUGUGCCUGCCCUUCAUGGUGCACCGGCCGCACUUGGAGGUCCUGGACGCCAUCAGCGGGAAGGAGCUCCCCUGCCUGGAGGAGCUGGAGAACAACCUGAAGCAGCUGCUGAGCUUCUACCGCUACUCGCCGCGCCUCCUGUGCGAGCUGCGGUCCACGGCCUCCACCCUGUGUGAGGAGACCGAGUUCCUGGGGGACAUCCGCGCCGUGCGGUGGAUCAUCGGGGAGCAGAACGUCCUCAACGCGCUCAUCAAAGACUACCUGGAGGUGGUGGCCCACCUCAAGGACGUCAGCAGCCAGACCCAGCGAGCGGACGCGUCGGCCAUCGCGCUGGCGCUGUUGCAAUUCCUCAUGGACUACCAGUCCGUCAAGCUCAUCUACUUUCUCCUGGACGUCAUCGCCGUGCUCUCGCGCCUGGCCUACGUCUUCCAGGGCGAGUACCUCCUGGUGUCCCAGGUGGACGACAAGAUCGAGGAGGCCAUCCAGGAGAUCAGCCGGCUGGCCGACUCCCCCGGCGAGUACCUCCAGGAGUUCGAGGAGAACUUUCGGGAGAGCUUCAACGGCGUCGCCAUGAAGAACCUCAGGGUGGCCGAAGCCAAGUUUCAGUCCGUCAGGGAGAAGAUCUGCCAGAAGACCCAGGUGAUCCUGGCUCAGAGGUUCGACUCCCGCAGCCGGAUCUUCGUGAAAGCCUGCCAGGUGUUCGACCUGGCCGCCUGGCCCCGGAGCAGUGAGGAGCUGGUGAGCUACGGCAAGGAGGACAUGGUGCAGAUAUUCGACCACCUGGAGGCCAUCCCCGCCUUCUCCCGGGACGUCUGCAGGGAGGGGCAGGACCCCCGGGGCAGUCUGCUGAUGGAGUGGCGGGACCUCAAGGCUGACUACUACGCCAAGAACGGCUUCAAAGACCUGAUUGGCCACGUCUGCAAGUACAAACAGAGGUUCCCACUCUUGAACAAGAUCAUCCAGGUCCUCAAAGUGCUCCCCACUUCCACCGCCUGCUGUGAGAAAGGCCGCAACGCGCUGCAGCGAGUUCGCAAAAACCACCGCUCCCGCCUGACCCUGGAGCAGCUCAGCGACCUGUUGACAAUCGCCGUGAACGGCCCGCCCAUCGCCAGCUUCGAUGCCAAGCGGGCCCUGGACAGCUGGUUCGAGGAGAAGUCUGGCAACAGUUACGCGCUGUCGGCCGAGGUCCUCAGCAGGAUGUCGGCACUAGAACAGAAGCCCGUGCUGCAGACCGUGGACCACGGGUCAGAGUUCUACCCGGACAUCUAGGAGGCCGGCGUCCCAGAGUUCACUAAGCUGUUGAAUA